GCUGAGUGGAGAGGAUUCCGCGUGAAGCAGGAGGACGGUUUGAUGGUGCAAUAGUAUCCAGAUUUAAAACAAGAUUCCUCAGCAAUAGAAUUGCAUCUUCUUCAGCAGAUGGGUUACAGCACUUCUCUUGUCUCUUCUCUUGACUCUCUCAAACUGUAGGUGAUUCUUCAGCAUAUGUGACCCUGGACCAUAAAAUCAGGGACAAUGAAGCUCCUGGUUGUGGCUGCUCUUGUAGGACUGUGUCUUUCCCAGCACAACACUAACUUUAAACAUAACCGGACGUCCAUCGUUCAUCUGUUUGAAUGGCGUUGGGCAGAUAUAGCUAAAGAAUGCGAGAGAUACCUGGCACCAAACGGCUAUGGAGGAGUACAGAUCUCUCCUCCCAGUGAAAGUAUUGUGCUGACAAAACCUUGGCAUCCUUGGUGGCAGAGAUAUCAGCCAAUCAGCUACAACCUGUGCUCCAGAUCAGGAACUGAGGAAGAGCUGAAGGAUAUGAUCGCACGCUGUAACAAUGUUGGGGUGAACAUAUAUGCAGAUGCAGUGAUCAAUCACAUGUGUGGAGCUUCUGGUGGAGAAGGCACUCACUCCAGCUGUGGAACAUACUUUAAUGCAAAGAAUGAGGACUUCCCCUCUGUCCCAUACUCAUCAUGGGACUUCAACGAUAAUAAAUGCAAAACCGCCAAUGAAGACAUUGAAAACUACAGUGAUAUUUUCCAGGUCAGAGAUUGCCGCUUGGUUAGUCUGCUGGAUCUGGCCCUGGAGAAGGACUAUGUUAGGGGAAAAGUGGCUGAAUACAUGAACAAGCUGAUUGACAUCGGUGUUGCUGGAUUCAGAGUAGAUGCUUGUAAACACAUGUGGCCUGGUGAUCUCAGUAAUGUCUACAGCAGACUCAAGACCCUGAACACUACUUGGUUUUCUCCAGGCACCAAGCCCUUUAUUUAUCAAGAGGUUAUCGACUUGGGUGGGGAACCUAUUAAAGCCAGUGAAUAUGUUUCUCUUGGAAGAGUCACAGAGUUUAAGUACAGCGCAAAACUGGGAACAGUUAUUCGUAAAUGGGAAAAGGAAAAGCUGUGUUAUCUCAAGAACUGGGGAGAGGGCUGGGGGUUCAUGCCCUCUCAUAAAGCCUUGGUUUUCGUGGACAAUCAUGAUAAUCAGAGAGGCCACGGUGCUGGUGGAGCUUCUGUUCUGACAUUUUGGGACUCUAGGCUUUAUAAGAUCGCGACAGGACUUAUGUUGGCUCAUCCAUACGGUGUAACAGCAGUCAUGUCCAGCUACCGAUGGGAUCGACAUUUUGUGAAUGGGAAGGACCAGAACGACUGGAUGGGCCCUCCUAGCAAUGCCGAUGGAUCCACAAAGUCAGUGCCCAUCAACCCAGACUCCACCUGUGGAGACAACUGGAUAUGUGAGCACAGAUGGCGUCAAAUUAGGAAUAUGGUGAUUUUCCGUAAUGUGGUCAACGGUCAGCCACUCUCCAACUGGUGGGACAACAAUAAUAAUCAGAUCGCCUUUAGCCGCGGCAGCAAGGGCUUCAUUGUCAUCAAUAAUGAUGAUUGGGAUCUGAAUGUGACGCUGAAAACUGGCCUGCCUUCUGGCACGUACUGUGACAUCAUCUCUGGAGACAAGAGCGGGAACAGUUGCACAGGGAAACAGGUGACGGUGGAUUCUGAUGGACAAGCCACCUUCAGCAUCUGCCACACAGAAGAAGAUCCAUUCAUGGCCAUCCAUGCUGACUCCAAACUGUAGAUUCAGUUUCAUUUAUAAUAAACACAUUUUAAUUUAAAAUAAACUUUUAAUAAAGCAGAAUCACUUAAA